CUACGAAGGUGAGGUGCUAACGCUAACAAAUAUACAGCGCAGCGAUAUGGGUGCUUAUUUGUGUAUCGCCAUGAAUAAGGUACCACCUUCUGUUAGCAAACGCUUCACGGUCAUCGUACAUUUUCAUCCGCUGAUACGUGUAUUGAAUCAACUUGUUGCGGCACCAAUAACUAGUGACGUUCAUGUGCAAUGCUACUUAGAAGCUUCUCCGAAAGCUAUGAAUACUUGGUCACGAGACACUGGUGAGAAGCUUCUUCCCAACGACAAGUACGUGAUGCAAGAAACACAAAUAAAUGACUAUUCCCUACUAAUGAACCUGACAAUUAAAAACUUAGAUAAGUCUGACUUUGGCGGUUACAUCUGCCAGUCCUACAACCUCCUUGGUAAAGCUGAGGCAGUGGUUAGAUUGCAAGUCCACUAG